CGGAAAUUCCGCAAAAAUUGUAAUUUGUAAUUUAAAUAACUAUAAUAACAGUUAGAACUAUGAAUCUGGCAACAUUGGCUGCAGGUGAGAUUCAUCGAAUUUUCGUUUGGAACUCCAUGGAAACCUCAACCGCAAUCAUCAGAUGUACAUGCGCUCACCGCUUACUAAGUCUACGUCUGAGUAAUAACCACAGCCAACAAGAGUGUGUGUGAAUGUGCUGCUUGCUCACCUUUAAGUUGUCUUCUCUUGCUCACCGAUGGCCCAUCUACCGUCUAAGCGUGUUGACCAAGUCACAGUUGAGUUUCGAACUUGGCAGCGUGCGGUUGUGCCUUUCGCUUUACUUAGCUAUCAUCAAGUCGCAUAUUUAGAUAAUUCAAAGUUUGUGUGUUUUCGGUUGGAAGAAGAAGACGUAGAAAUCCAAAACAAAGUGCUAAUUUUUGUUAAUUUCUUCUUUUUCCUCUCUCAAAAAACUUAACAGAAACUUACAGUGAAAAUAGAUAAUUUCGAAUUAAACCUUGUCAACGAAACUCACAAUAACAACAACAAUAACAGCGAUCGCAGGUGAAGCAGGCAAAAAUGGAGUCCGAAGAAAUAACCAAAAUGGUCGAUGGCGUUUAUAAGAACAUAUUAGAGAAAUUUAAUCCCGGUGCACGUCAACUCAUCUCCGCGGGCAAGGGUUAUCUCAAAGCUCUGCAUGGUGCUGCAUCUGCGUCACGUCUAUUCAAUGAAGCAUUAGCCAAGCUGGCAAUGAAUGCACAACAAAGUGGAACUAACGAUAUUGGUGCGGCUUUAAUGAACGUCGUCAGCGUUUACAAAGAAAUUCAAGAACAACAAAUGAAUAUUUUAAAAGCGUUCUAUGUUGAUUUAUUGGUGCCAUUGGAAACAAAUUUGGAAAAGGAUACAAAAGUUGUACAACAUGAACAAAAGAAAUUCUUGCAACAGCACAAAGUACGCAUGGAGAGUUAUCAGAAGGCAGUCUCCACAAUGAAAAAGCAACGCAAGAAAAAGGCUAGUGCAGAGAAUACGGAAAAAGAGUUAAGGAAUCUCCAAAUAUUGGAGGAUCAAAAAAAGAAAUUGGAUACGUUCUGCGAACAAAGCUACAAAAAUGCCAUGACACAGGAGCGCCGUCGGUAUGGUUUCGUGCUUGAACGCCAAUGUUCCAUAGCCAAGCAUUGGAUGGCCUAUCACAGCACUGGCAAGAUGGUAAUUGAUAACAAUUUGGAAAAUUGGCAAGAAAUUGCCGCUUCACGUGAAGUGAUACCAGCGGCUGCCUUGUAUGAGAUGGGCGGCGGCGGUGGUGGCGUUGGCAGCUACAGCAAUGCCAGCAGUGGCAAGAGGAUGGAGCGUCUCAAAGAUGGUGAGGACAUGCAUGCCGUUGGCAAUUCGUCAUCAUCACAGCUGAAGAAAUCACGCAGCGUGGACGCGCCCUACGGCGAUAUGCGUACCUUGCACGAAAGCCAUGUGAGCUACACGCAGAAUUCUCUGCCGCGCGCCAAAUCCGACUACAAUCUGACAACGGUGACGAACUCCAAUGACCACACCGAUCACGGCCAAUGGGAUCAACGACCUGUGGUGAAAGCGCUCUAUGCCUACAUGCCUUCGGGUGAAAAUCAGCUGCCCUUCGAUGAGGGCGAUCGCAUUGCUUUGGUCGGCAGCAAGGCCAAAGGUUGGCAGUUCGGUGAGAAUUUACGCACUCAAAUGUUCGGUUGGUUCCCCAUCGCUUACACCAAUGCCGAGGGCGGCGGCGCUGGUGAACGUGAAAAAUAUCACGUGAAUGAACGUCACACCGAACGCAGCAGCGAUCGUUAUGAGAAUGUGCAUUACGAGCGAAAUGGCGGCAUGCGCAACUAUCAGGAUCAUUAUAUGCCCGAGGUGCAUAUGGAUCCUGCCAUGGAGAGCGAUUCAACAUACCGCCGACGCAAUAAUAGCGCCGAGGAGUCAUCGCCGACGCGCAUGUUCGGCGACACAUUCAGAAAUCAAAAGAAGUAUCGCGCAUCAGCCAGCGGCGCAAAUCCACGUCCCGGUCCACCACCUACACUACCAGCACCAGUGCCAUCGAAUAGUCAGAGUCAGAGUCAAAGUGCCAGUCGUAUAUUGAAUAUAUCGCAAAGCUUUUGUGGCGCCCCGAAUGGCGUGCCCUCGGUGAUGGAGCGACGCAAGCAACAUAAGCUACAAAAUGGACCACAAGCUGCACAUAAUCGUUCUAUUCUAUCUGCCAAACAACAGUCCACAUCGAUGAGCGCUGGCAGUGGUGGUAGUCAAUUGAAACCCGCCGCGGCUGCUAAGACUUCAUUGCACAGCAGCAAUGAUAGUGGCUUUGCCAAUGAGCCGCCGCCACAACCCGAAAUUGAUUACUCGGAUGAGGAGCAAACGAGUCGAGUGCCCAUACGUCGUCGUGCUGACACCAAUUCCCAUAUUUCACGAGACGUCACCUCGUGGACACUGAAUCGCAAUUUCCGUAACAGCGUCGACAGUCAGAUUGACGACAAGGCUUUGAAUGGCCUCAGCCGACGUAAUACGAAAAUGCGUUAUGAUCUUAUUGCCAGUGAUGACGAAAUACUGCAAGCAUCGAGUAGCGGCAUAAAGCGAACAAAGUCUUUUUGGAAAUUUGGUGGACGCGGCGAAGAUAUACUGGCGGGCAUGUCGCUCUGGCAACAUCGUGAUUUAGUAGCCGCACCAAAUCUAGAGGAUUUGCGCACUGAUAGUCCACCGCACAAGGAGAAUGGACACGUGGAACAUGACGAUGAACCUGAAAAUGGGGUCGAACGUGAACGUGAGCGGGAGCGUUCGCGUAAUAACAUCGACAAAAAUGGCACGCUAACCAAAUCACACUCCAACAAUUCAACUUCAUCGGCGGAAAAGCGUCGCAAUGACAGCGUUACCAGCAUGGAAGUGUACGAUGAUGACGAGAAUAUCUAUGGCAUGAGCCCGGCGGUGAAGCGCGAGAAUAUCAUUUUAGCCAAUCGCAACUCAAUACAAUCGAAUGCGACCACAAUGCGCGCAGAGUACACGCCCAAAUCGCGCAUGAAAAUCAUGAAAACGAUCGAGAUCGAUAUUGAAAAUCCAAUAGAAAGCGAGAGAUUGAGCACAAUAAAGCGUGGCCAAAAAGAAUAUCAGAAGGAGUAUCGUGAAACGGCUGGCAUGCUGCCACAGGUGAAUAUAAAUAGUGCGCGCGCCAGUGAGAACAAGAACAAAAGUGGUACCACGACUGGCAUGCAGUCGUCACGCCGCGAAACAAUGAGCAACAGCCACAAGAAGCACCAGACCAACAAUGUGGAUGCUAACGUUGGAAAGCAUGCCAGUCUGCAGCAGAUGAAAUCGAGCGGUAGUGGUGGUCAAUCACAGACGCGUGGUAAGCAGCAAGAUUUUCCGCACUCCACCGAAGAUGAGGACGCCGACAGCGACGACAAUGGCACGCUCAAGAUGAGUGACGUCAAUAACUUCUUCGACGAUAUCUCGCACGAGAAUACCACUGGCGGCAUGAUUAUGAAGACAGUGAAGCGCAAGGAUAUACUGAAGCAGUACUACACCAGUGAGGAUGAAUCCGAUGAUGUGGAAAUCAAAUCGACCAGCUCGGACCCCUACGACUGCAUAGUAAUUAAUGAUCAUUUGGUGCGCAAGGACGAGAAACAUCGGCGCCAGCUACACAACUCCUAUCAGGAGCAUCAAAUGGAGUUUCAAACAUUUCGCGCCACAACCACAUCGGCGGCUAUGCAGCAACAGGGCGUCAACAAGAAGAAUAAAUUAAAUGGCGGCGAGCAACGUAAUGGCAGUGGUGGGGGCGGAGCUGGCGGUGUUGCGGGCGGCGGCAAAUCGAAGAAGCAACAGGAGUUGCACGAACAAGAGAGAGAGCGAGAUAGGGAACGCGAGCGCGAGCGUGAUCGUUACAGCAUGAAUAACAGUUCGACGCUGACACGAAACUCGAACGUCAAUGCAAAUUCGGUUAUGAAUACACCCACAGCAACAAUAUUGCCACGCACGCGCCUCAUGAAAUCGAGCAACAUGACAAAAAGGGUGGUGCCUUCCGCAACAUUUACAUAGACUUCUAGAACCAAAAAAAAAUAGAAAUUACGCAAAAUUGAUGCAAACUUUUAAGUCCAGCUCUCUAUCAACACUACACCACACAAAACAAUAACCACAAACAACAAUAAAAAAGAACAACAGCUAAAACAAAACUACAUUGAAUUUGCUCGAAACACAUAAAAAACAAGACACUGUUCUAUAGACGAAAACAACAAGAAAACUUAUUAAAUAUGUACUGCUAAUUAACAGCAGCAAGCAUUUUUGUAUGUAUACCGUACAUAUCUAUACGUAUGUAUGUACAUUUAAAUAUUAUUAUAUGUGUAUUAGUAUAUAUCGAUGUGCUAUCUAUUAGAAUUUUAGGAAGUAUUUAAAGCUUAGUUGGAUGAGUUAAAGUUUGUUAAAAUGCAAUUAAAAAACUAUAUACAUAUAUAUUCAAAUAUAUUAAGCAAUCUCAAGAAACAAAUACCUUUAUUUUAACCCUGUAUAUUAUUAAUGUAUAUACAUUAUAUAUAACAAAAGAUUAUUCCAAGCAAUCCAAGAAUUUCUUAAUUUUUCAAAUUCUCUUAAUAUUCAAAAAAAAUAAAUAAAUUGUCUGGCAUUUCAACCUAAUAUGAAAUAAUUUUCUUUGUUUAUUCCAUCUCUAACUGCUUCUUUAUUCACAAAUAAAGUGCAUCCCAAUUUGCCACAGUCAAACUGCGUCACACCAAAACUAACGAUCGUUCGGCUCCAAUGAUUUAUCGGAGCAUAAAUAAGUAGACGUUAAUGGUUUUUAGUUAUUUAAGUAUAAAAGAAAAUACUUUAUAAAAACAUACACAUAAAAAAAUUAAUUGCAUAUAUUUAAUUACCGGUUAUGCAUUUGUAUGCAUUCUAUAUAAGCAGUGAAAAUAAUAUAUAUUUUAUUAACUUUAUAAUUUCAAUUCAUUUUAUUUGCCUGUAUUAUCGUACUACAUAGUAAGUAAUUAUGUAUGUAUUUACUUCAGAAUAAUAUU